CGGUUAUGAAGUUUGUGACACGCUCGGCAGACGCGUGCCUAGAGAUGUGAGUGUUAAAUUGCGAAAUUAAGGAUAGUCCUUAGGAGGAAAUGACAUCUGGCGAAUGGGAUCUGUGUGCGCUGAAAGCGCUCGAGGAAGAGGAGCAAAAGGAGUUUCUGGCGCUCAGCCAGAGGAAUCUUUUUGAGGCGCCCCUUCCAACAGGUGGUGCCGAAAACGGCAGCGUUAGCUUGGCCAAUGCCAAUGCUAAGCCUGCCCUGACUUAUGCGCAACUGCAUCCACAUCUGCUCAAGUUGCCCACCAUCGAUGAAUGCCAGUUGAUAGCCACCAAGCGUCAAUCGCCAGGCAGUGUGGCCGGCAGCGCCCGUUUAAAAUGUUCCCGCGCGCUCUCCCUUUCAGCGCACUCCUUGUCACCACGAGCUGGUGGCGGCAUCGGCGGCGGUGUCGGUGUGGGGUUUGGCAAGAAACUCAAGGCACGUCUUGUGGGCGCCAAAUCCAGCGGAUCGCUGUCACCAUCCCGCCACUCUCACAGCUACAGUGUCUCACCCGUGUAUACUCCACCGCCAAUGCGGCGUUGUGCCACGCUGCAUCACACGCAACCGGUACGUAAAACCUUCAAGACGCUGCAACAGUUGGAGCGUCAGAAGCGUCAGAGUCAUGCAACACAGGCGUCGACGCCGCCGCAGUUGCAGCGCAUAAUGGGCACCAACAAAACAUAUUGGAAGUACGGCGCCAACUCUACGGCCGCCUCAAUUAUUGGCCAGCGCGCGAGACUGCAGCAACAAGAACAGCAGCCGAGCGAACUGGAGUCCAACAACUCGGACGAACCUAAUGUGGAGACACUUGAAUCUGAAGCAGCCGACAGCGCCACAGAGACGGGCUCGUGCAGUGUGCCGUUGCCGCCAGCGGACUCCAAUGAGCUGCUGCGUCUGAGCCUAAUGUUAACCGCAGCCAGCUCGGCUGUGACUGUGACUGCCUCAGCAGCGGCAGCAGCAGCAACUGGUGGGCCAGGCAGGCGCUAUCAGGCCCACGGCGUUGGCGAGGACGAUGUCAAUGCCGAAACUGUUGCUUACGAAGCUUUUCACAGGCCCAAAAGCUUUGACUCGCACUCGCUCUUAUGUGGCGGCAGCUUAACAUUAACAGCGCAAGAGAGCCGCAGUCCUGGCCCGAGUCCCAACCGCAAUCGGCCAAUGCAAUCCACAGGCGGCAAGCGUAUUUUAAAGUCCACUUCCCUGGAGGCGGCCGCCACGGGGGAUUGUGCUGUUGACUAUCAGCAACAGCAACAGCAACAACAGCAACAGAUUAUUGGUCAGCCGCUGGCCAUGAUGGGCAUGACAGCCGCCACAAAUCAGCUGGCUGAGAGUCAAACAACCGAAGCUCGUUAUCUGCCACGGGAACGUGAAGGCGAUUGGGAGCACGGAUUGGGACGUAAGCAAGUCAAAUAUCAUCAGGAUUUGACCGUUGCCUGCUAUGGGCAUAAGGCGACGCUAGCCGGCGCCACCAUUGAAGAUGAGCUGGAACAUCAUAUCAAGCAUUGCUCAUGCUCCUGCAACCACAUGGGCUACGGUAAUUCAAUGGACUACCAGGCGUACUGUUACGCCUUUCCGAGGCGCAUUCCUUCGUAA